AUGAAAACCCUGAAAAACCAGCUCACAAAAUUUCAAAAUGCUACGAAAUCGGCAAUUAAAAAUCUCAGGGAAGCGUCUAUUAACAUAUCUGACGAAGAUGAGAACGAGGAUAGGGAUGAGGAAUUAAAAAAUCUACGGCAGGAAAAUGAGAAAAUAAAGGAUGAAAACAAAGCCUUAACUGAACGCAUCAACAAUCUUGCAUACGCUUUAGCAGAUUUGAAUAACAAAGCUAAAAUCGCGGAAAACGAAAAGGCGAGCUUGGUUUGUGCCCUCAGUAUCCUACAGGAUGAUUUUAAACAUGCCUCAAUUGCCAAGCCAAAUCAGCAAAAAAAGCUCAAUGCCGUCUACAAGUAAACCGACAUGGCAAGAAGAAUUGCGUGAACAGCCCAAGGAAAGUAGUAACUGCCGAUAAACCUGAAAUUACUGUUUCGCCGGGACAAAUAAACAUAACCCAUUACAGAUUUUAUCAGAAUCACAGUAUGACGAUGAUGCUGGGCUAAGUAACGAGGCAGCUUCUCCUGCUGUAAAUGAAAGGUACCAGAACCCAACUCUUGAAAAACGAAAAGGACAAUCGAGAGAAAAAUCAACGAGAACUAAACCUAAAAAUAAUCAGCAGAAUAAUGGAUCAAAUUCUACCGAAGGCCCAAUAGCCAUCCUGGGAGAGUCCAUGAUCAAAAUGCUCAAUCCAUCACGGUUACGGCGCUCGAUCGGCAGGAAGACCAUAGUAAAAACAUUUCCGGGAGCAUCGGUACUGAUAUGAAGCAUUAUGUAAAGCCUACCUGUACUAUUGAAAAGAACCCCGAAUUCAUUGUACUACACGUCGGGACGAAUGACAUCCACCAGAAAGAACCAAAUUAAGAGUCGCAAUGAAAAAUAAUGAAACUGAUGUCCUUGCAAUUAAUGAAAGCAGAAUGGACAACAGUAUAGCACCUGAUUUAAUAACAAUACAUGGCUACAACUGGGUUUCCAAAGAUAGAAAUAGAUUUGAUAGGGUGGUAUUGGUUUCUACAUUAGAAAUACAAUAAAUUAUUGUCUUAGACCAGACCUAAAUGGUAAUGAUCUCGAAAUUUUAAAAUUUGAAAUUAUUAAAAACAAAGUUAAGCCAUUUCUAAUUACCACAUGGUACCAUAGUUAAUAGAGGAGAUGGUUUGGAAACUCGUUAGCAUUACAAUAAACCUCACUAUCUAUGUUUUUGUUCAGGUUUAUGCAAAAAUGUGAUCUUUCAUCGUCACGUGCGUAUUGUAUUAUUGAUCAACCAGCCAACAGCAACGGUUUUGCCAAUUACCCAUCCAUGACUUCAACAAUAGGACAUUUUGAACAUUCCUAUUGGUUGACUUGAGAAAAAUAUAAUACGCACGUGACGAUGAAAGACCACAUUUUUGCAUAAACCUGAACAACAUAGAUAAUGAAGUUUAUUGUGAUUUUAUUGUAAUGCUAACGAGUUUCCAAACCAUCUCCUCUAUUAACUAUGAUAUACAGUACAGUAUUUAAAUUUGAGAGUUGUUUAAAAUUAACUGAUAACGAAGACAAAGAAAGCAUUAUCUUAGGGGAUAUUAAUUGUGAUCUCCUAGACAACAAUCCCACGUCACUAGUAUCAGAAUUGAAAUUUAUUACAAAUCUAUAUCAAUACGAACAAUUGAUAAAAGAGCCUACUAGGGUUACAAAAGAUAUUUCAUCCCUUAUAGAUCAUUUUUAUACAACAAACACCAACCACAUUAUUUCUAGUGGUGUGACAGCUAUUACUAUCAGUGAUCACUAUUUGAUCUGCGGCAUUCAUAAAUUUAAAACUUUUAAUCAGUCUCCACGAUUUAUUGAAUAUCGGGAUUUUAAACACAACAAAUGAACAAGACUUUAUGUGUAAUCUAACAUUGUUAUAAAAUUUGAAUCUCAUCCAUUCUGAUCCUAAUAAAUCUUGGACGAUUUGGAAAAACAAAUUCCUAGAGAUUGUAAAUAUACAUGCCCCGCUUAAACGACGUAAAGUAUCCAGUAAACAAAUACCGUGGUUAACAAAUGAUCUUAUUUUAAAAGAGCGGGAGAAGACCUAUUUAAAACGCAAAGCACUGUUAUCAAAGUCUAUGACUGACUGGUCCGACUACCGCCAUGCAAGAAAUCGUAAUAAUUGAUUAGUGAAAGAUACAAUACGCAGUCAUUUUCAAAAUGAAUUACAUAAUAACCAAGGUGAUCUUAAAAAACCUGGAAAAUGAUUAAUGAGUUAAUUAGUAAGUCUAAAAAGAGAAUACAGUUCUAGAAGUAAGGAUUGAUUCUGUUGAAAUUACUGACCGAUUAACAUCACAAAUGCAUUUAAUUAAUAAGCAUUUUGUGGAAAUGGAGAUUAGCUUUCGAAUCAUAUACCCCAAUCAAAUGUAACUCCUGAAAGUUAUCUUAGCGACGUUGAAAAUUCAGUAAAUCAGUUAACCAGUUUUAAAGAAAUUACAGAACCAGAAAUAUUAAGUUUACUUCAGGGAUUGGUUGCCUCUAAAGCAUCCGGCAUCGAUGGAAUUUCAGCAAAAACUUUGAAAAUCGCAGCUCCAGCAAUUACUCCAUCAAUUGUAUCAAUUUUUAAUCAAUCAAUCGCAACUGGUAUAUUCCCAUCUGAUUAG